UUCUAUUCAUUAUAAUGUUUUACAAGGCAAACAGCCAACCUCCCUCUGUUUAUUUUAUUGAUAACUUCUAUCAACAUCUGUUAAAAAAAAGGCUAUCAAGAUACCAAUAUCUCAAGACAUCACUAUCACGAUACGACACGAUACGACACGAUACGACACAAUACGAUACGACACGACACAAUGGUUCAGUCCAUUUUGGAAAUGGAGAUGAAAAUCAUACAAGAGAACCCGAUCCAUGGAGAGUUGGAUAACCUCCGUAGAUCCUUUGGUACCUUGGAAUCCCUUGAUACCAUUAACAAUGAAGGUACUACAUUGAAAAUGCGAGCUCUAAGGAUUACCUGUUCUAAUUAUCAUAUAGAUCUUAACAAUACAAUCGUUGACCUUUUCUUGUCUUUGCAGACUUGCAAAGCAUCCCGUCUAUUACCUUCAAGAAUAAUGAGCGGAAAUCUGAUGACAGAUCUGGCACAAGCCAACGCCCUUAUCAUGUUCAAAAAAUUCGACUUGAAUCGUGUUAAACCUCUCCUGAAUGCCGUCCGUUUCAACAAACCUGAUCAAGAGAUCUGGGAAGAAGUUUACAAUGCUCUUACUGAAUACACUCCGCCUUUACGACCGAUUGCGUCCACUCCGCCUUUACGAUCGAUUGUGUCCGCCCUUCAGCAAACACCACACACUCAUGCAAGUAGCGUAGUGAAUUCUUCUGAGCAUCGGGCGGAUGUGGAUCGUCUACUUAAUAUUGAACUUGACAGGAUACAUGUUGAUGUUCCCCAAAUUCAUGAAACGUUUUUUGGAAGUGUAGAAAAGCUUGCAGGAACUUCUCAAGCCUUUUUUGAGAAAUGCAAGGUAGAAACUGAUCCAUAUUUCUGUGAAGGAUGGGCUGGAUGGCCUAGCGAUGCAAAGGAAAAUGAUGUUAUUGAAUGGUUGAAAAAAUUCACCAAGAAGCUGGCAGCAUUCGCACAGGGCCACAGAUCGAUUCAAACACGAAAGAUUAUAGCGAGGCCCGAAAAGCCAAUUCCAAGUCCGCACUCAAUCCGGAAGUUGGAUAUCGGCUUUAUGAACCAUACUCUGAAAGAUACAGUUUGCGAUUGGUCAGAAAUCAUCAUACCGGGAGAGCUUAAGAGCAAUCCAGAUGCCGAUAUACGUUCAAAUGCAUGGACUGGUAUCGCGACGUAUGCAAGAGAAGUAUUCGCUGCUCAAGAUACUCGUCGUUUUGUUUUAGGCUUUACACUUUGUGGAUCUUUUAUGAGGGUGUGGGAAUUCGAUCGAAUUGGUGGAAUUGCAUCAGAAAAAUUUGAUAUUAAUAAAGAAGGACUUCGUUUUGUAUCUACGAUGCUUGGAUUUCUCUGGAUGAAUGAGGAGGAGAUUGGAUUUGAUCCUACAAUCAAAACAGAAAACAAUCAACGUUUUAUAGAGAUUGAACGAGAAAAUCGGAAAGAACGUCUUAUCAUUGACAACUUAAUGAUGCGGUCACGUUGUAUAGCUGCUCGGGCAACAACAUGCUGGAAAGCGCAUUAUGAAAAAGAUCCUUCAAAGCCGCUUGUUAUCAAGGAUUCGUGGCAAUACCCGGAGCGUGAUGAAGAAGGGGAGCUGCUUUGCGAAGCAACUAAAAAAGAAGUGGUUAACGUUUGCCGCUACUAUCAUCACGAAACUGUCCGAAUACUUGGUAUGGAAGAUGAUAUCACUGGGAAUAUUCGGAAGGGAUUGGACAUCACAAAAGCCCAAAGUUCAAACUUCCCGCGAAGACAGUCGGUCGUUUCUCGGAAUACAGCUUUAAUUUAUUCUUCAGACAGGACUAGCAUGAAGCGAUCAUCGAGCCAAAUGAACACGCCUAUGCCUCCGCCACCCAGCAAGCGAUUUCGUCCAAAGUCUUCCUUGACACCUUCAGCCGAUAUCAGUAAUGAGGCAUCCUUAUCCAACAAACGAUCCACCUUAUUGUCUCCUCCAGCAUCUCUAUCCAAUAAAAAAAGUAGAGAGCACUCAAAUCGGAUACACCGGCGAGUUAUUCUGAGUGAUUAUGGAAAACCUAUCUAUUCAGCAAGCUCCCUAAAGUCUCUGCUUAUUGCAUUCGAAGGUUGUAUAAAAGGACAUGAAUCUCUAUAUAAAGCUGGCCUUCUCCAUAGAGAUAUAUCAAUCAAUAAUCUGAUGAUUAAUGAAGAUGAAGAGAAUCAUUCGUGGUUUUCGUUCUUGAUCGACCUUGAUUUAGCUAUCAAAGAGGAUCGAAAGGGCGCCUCAGGUGCAAAGGGAAGGACUGGCACAAGAGUCUUUAUGGCUAUAGGGAUUCUUCAGGGUCACCUGCAUUCCUACAUGCACGAUCUCGAAUCGUUCUUCUGGGUACUCUACUGGAUAUGCAUUCAUUACGAUGGACCAGACAAGGAAGUUGGCUCAACUUUCCUUGAGAAUUGGAACUAUGGAACAGACGAUUUUUUGGCCAUUCUCAAGGCGGGCACAAUUGCCAACGAACAGGAUUUUCUUGAGCGUGCAACGGAUCAAUUUACGCCAUACUACCAGCCAUUGGUCCGAUGUGUUAAUAAAUUAAGGAGGGUGGUAUUCCCGAACAAUGAGAGAUGGGUAAAUGAGGAUCCAGACCUGUACUCCAAGAUGAGGAAAAUCCUUCUUGAAGCAUCGGAAAACCAAGAGGUGCCAAACUUUUAAUAUUGUUUGGGGGAUUUGAUGAAGUCAAACUAGGCUUUCUAGCAAUUGAAGAGAUGGUUUUCAAGAAGUUUCGAGGCUUUAAAUUAUUAUGACAAGGUUGGAAAGAUACUUCUCGAAUUUCAAUAGAGUUGAAUGAUUUCAAUUGAGUUGAGUUGAAAAAAGCUCCAAGUCAGAUUUGCCUAAGGUUGUAAGGCUUGUGCCAAGCUUUUUGUUAGAUUAUUUACCGGGAUAUCUACCGGGGUAUUUUAGACCAAUCAGAUUAUCAGGAUCGCGACUCAUUUAAGCGGGUAAACCUCGCGUACAGCAAGGUUAUGGAGUCGGCAAGCCGACAAUAAAACUUUAUACAAAGGAAAUUUAUUUUGUUUAUAUAAAUCU